CAGCGCUGAAGCGUGACAAAAGCACACACUCUGACACCAAUUCACUAAGAUUUCCCCGUCAUGCAUAACUUGAUAAAUAAUUAGAAGACGUUUAGAAAAAAGAUGACGGAAGAUGAGGAUAUAGGAUUUGCUGAUGGUUUAGCGGAGAUAAAGAACAAGUGUCGACACCUGAUAGUCCUUAAUGAGGUUUACCGUGUUGGUUUCUAUCAAGGACAAUGUGGCAAGCCAUUCAGCUCAGACGAGAACGAGGUGCUGGAUGUACAAUAUCUUCACCAAGCCGUGUUCGAUGGCAACUUGGAACAUACUCAGCUAUUGAUAAAAGCGGGAGAGGAUCCAAAUCAAAAACUCAUGGGAGGACCCAAGAUAUUCACUUGUGUUCAAGAUGGAUGGAAGAUGAUGCACGCCUACUUCGAAGGAACAACCCCUCUGAUGAUAGCUAGCCAGAGAGGACACCUUAAGAUUGUCAAGUUCCUGCGAAACCAAGGGGCAAUAAUCGGAAAAACAGACUGUUUGGGAUUCAAUGCGUUCUUAAUGGCUUGUGGAUCGAAUCAGCUUGACGUGUGCCGAUAUUUAUUUCGUCAUCGGACGCAUUUGGAAUUCCGAGACGAGUUGAAUGGUAUGACGCCUCUUCUUGUCGCCUGCAGGGCUGGAAACGAGGCAGUUGCAAAAUGGCUGAUAGAGGAAGGCGCCAACGUGCACGUUUGUGAUUUUACAGGAAAAGGGGCUUUACAUUUUGCAGCGUGGAAUUAUAACAUCCCUCUUAUGCAGUUACUUGUGUCUAAAUUUGUAAAAAUUAACAGCAAAGAUCGCGAUGGCAACACCCCUCUUCAUCUUAUGCUGUCUGAUUCACCACUGGAACCCCCAGCUACUGAAGAAUUUCUGGAGCAGAAGAAAGAAGUGGAUACCAUUAAAGGCAUAUUGGAAACAAUGGCAAAGAUGAAGGAGGCCAAUAUCAUUGUGGAUCUUGGAUUAACGAUUUGCAGAGGAACAGAAGACAUAAUGGUCAAAUCUUACGAGAAAUGGAAAUCGUUGUCAGUGUUCCUUAAACUGGGCGCCGACCCGAACGUUCGAAACAGGGAAGGGAAAACGCCAUUGCAAGUGUUGCUGGAAGGUCUUCCAGAGGCCUAUAUAUCUAAAGGAAGAGUCAUCGUCUUCCAGCCAAACAGAAACCAGGAACUGUUGGUUCUGCUGCUCAUUCUUCUGAAACUUGGGGAGGAUCCAGAAAUGAAACUCGCGGGCGGAAUUACAUCGAACGAUUUGUGCCAGCUGCAAAAGAAUGCUUUGGCUCAGCGUAUUCUAAAUAGGUACAAGAACAAUGUGGACGAUGUUAUUGAAAAUGACGAUGUUGUUCAGAAAACGAUUGCUAAGUUUGGUAGUAAAUAUUUGUUGAAACUGAAACAAGUAGAGAGUGAAAUCGAAAGCCUGUCGAACAUGAUUAUAGAACCAGUGAGGCGACGUUCUUUAUUUGAAUUUAUGUACGACGGCAUCACAGAGCUCUACCGGUAUGUGGACAGUGUUGUGAGCGGUUAGAGUUAUCGCGCUUGAAUUUGUACAAGGAUAGUGUUAUAGUUUAAAAACAGCGUAUUUACAUUUACAUAUAUAAUUUACCUUCCAAAUCAAUGAAAAUUCCAUCAAGUGGGUAGGUAAACGGACACCUUGCUACCCAGAACGAGCAGAUUAAUGACACCCGCUGGGUAUUUCGAUUUUUUAGUUAAUAUUUGAUUUUGGGUUAAACAAAAAGUCACGGACAACAGAUAUUGAGAUUUUUCUCUAUGACUUUGUGCCAAAAUGUAUUAAUUACUAAUGAUGGGCUAAAAUGGCCCAUACACCAUUUGAAGCAAAAAGAAGAAUAAACCAAACAUAAUCUGACAUUUGCUCCAACGUAUUAAAUCUGUGCUUAAUUCAAGUAUGCUAUAUUACUGUAAGAACAUGAUAAGUUAUAAAACUCUAAAUGAGUAUCUAUUAUUCCAACCCAUUUAUCAGUGUUUUGUUGUCUUUUCAGAUUUUUUUCUAAACAUGAUCUUUAGAAAAGUACAAUCUGUG